GCAGGGCCGGGGCAGGCUUAAAAGAGCCAUCCAGGAACCGACGUGUUUGCGCUUAUAACCAAUUUAUUACCGCUGAACAUAUGGCCAGUAUUUCGCCUGGCGUCAGCCGCCGGGGAGGAAAGCAAACAGCCCGCGCGAUGUAAAGCCGGAGGAAGGAGCGGCCGCCCCUGCACACGGCGGAGACAAUGCGAGAGGCGCGGAGCCGCCGCCGCGCUCAACCACCGCCCGCAUAGAGCCCCCCCGGCCCGCAGGUUCAUGUGUGAGGACCAGCCUUAUAUGGACUGUUCGCUCCAGCAAUGGCUCGUUUUUUUCAAGCAGCAGGAGCGGGUUCGGGGUGUUUAAGCAAGAACCAGAAGUGAUUUUUUUCUUUUUCUCUUUUUUUUUCUUUUUCUUUUUUUUUUCUUUUUUUUUUUUUUUUUUUUUUUUUUUUUUUUUUUUGGCGUGUUUUCCCCCUUUUCCCUGGAGUUACAAACUAUUUCCGAAGCCAGCUGCUUCUCCCGCUCUCGGAAUUUCCCCCGUGGCAGAGCAAGCCCGUAGAAACCAGCACCGCAGAGAUCCGCCGCUGCGGCCCGGGGCCCCGUUUCUUCUUUCGCACAAAAACCCUUCGAUUAUUUUUCUAUAAAUCCAGAUUAUUCUGUUUUUUCCCUCCUCCACGCGUGCCGCCGCCCCGCAGCCUCCUCCCCCGCUGCCGCGCGUGUGCUGCCGUCGCCGCUCACGCCGUGACACGGCGGAUAGGAGAAAGCUGCUGCUCCAACUUUUCCUGCCUAAAAUUUGGCCGGAACAUGUCCCUGACCAACACAAAGACGGGCUUCUCGGUGAAGGACAUUUUGGACCUCCCCGACACCAACGAUGAGGACGGCUCCGCCGCGGAGGGCGGCGAGGAGGAGAGCGAGGCGCCGGAGCCGCCCAAGAAAGCGGGAGUUUUGGGACAAACCCCCUUGGACACUGUUCAGACGCUGCCUUUGAAGAACCCUUUCUAUGAUAAUAGCGAUAAUCCCUACACGCGCUGGCUGGCGAGCGCCGAGGGCAUCCAGUACUCCCUGCACGGGCUGACGGGGGGCGGCGGCGGCCAGGACCCCUCCGCCAAGUCCCCGGAGCCAUCGGCCGACGAGUCGCCCGACAACGAGAAGGAGGCGGCGGGCGGCGGAGACGCGGGGAAGAAGAGGAAGAGGAGGGUGCUCUUCUCCAAGGCGCAGACCUACGAGCUGGAGCGGCGGUUCCGGCAGCAGCGGUACCUGUCGGCGCCAGAGCGGGAGCACCUGGCCAGCCUGAUCCGCCUCACCCCCACCCAGGUGAAGAUCUGGUUCCAGAACCAUCGCUACAAGAUGAAGAGGGCCCGGGCCGAGAAAGGUAUGGAAGUGACUCCUCUUCCCUCCCCGCGGCGGGUGGCCGUGCCGGUCUUAGUCAGGGACGGCAAGCCCUGCCACACGCUCAAAGCUCAGGACUUGGCAGCCGCGACUUUCCAGACCGGAAUCCCCUUCUCCGCCUAUAGCGCCCAGUCUCUACAGCAUAUGCAAUACAACGCCCAGUACAGCGCUACCAGCAACCCCCAGUACCCCACAGCACACCAUUUGGUACAAGCGCAGCAAUGGACUUGGUGAAGCCUGGAGGGGGGCGCGCACACACACACACACACACACACACACACAACCACGACAACAAACCAACAAACAGGAGGAAAAACAAAAAUGAGAGAGAGAGAGAAAGAGACAGAGACAGACUGAGACUCCAAAAAUAAAAUCAAAACUGCGGGGGAAGGAAUGGAGAGGGGAACGCUAUUAUUAUUAUUAUUAUUGCUAUUAUUAUUAUUAUUAUGUUUUUUUCGCUCUCCCGUUUCUUUUCUCCUCCAUUUUUUGGGGGGCUCGGUUUCAUUGCGGGGGGAGGCGGGGGGGAAGGGAGGGGAGGUGUUUUUGUGCGUCAUUGUUUACAGAAAUUUUUGCGCCAUUCAGAGUGGUCCUGUCUACCUACAACUAAAAUAAAAGGGGGGGAGAGAUCGUCAGAAUUAAAAGAAUAAAGAAUGAACCCCCCCCC